AAUCCUUAAAUUCAGGAGCAAAAUAUUCAAGCACUCAAACACCUUUCUAUAUCACUCUUUGUUCUUAAGAGCAAAAUUCAAAACCUUCUCAACCUUAUAGUUAUGGAGUUUUUAUCUCCACCUUCAACUUCUCCUUAUGUGACUGCACCAACUAGUCCAACUUCUUACAUGGUGCAGUACCAUAGCGCUGCGACUAGUCCAGGUAAAAGGUUCGGUAGAACUACAACUGAUGGCGACUAUGAGUUGACCUUGAGUGAUUUUGAAUUUGAAACGAGUAAAAAGUUUGAUAACUGCAUGGAGUUUGAGACGUGUGAGAACGUUGAGCACUCCGAGGAUGAUCAAUCAUGGCACGAAAAACGAAGAGAGCGGGGUGGCUCACUCCCCGAGAUGGCAUUUGCGGACGAAAUUUUCUCUAAUGGUCAAGUCAUGCCCCUUAAACUACCACCAAGACUCCAAUGUGACAAUGACAUGAAAUAUACUAGCCAACGAUCGAUUACAUGUUCAACUAUCGCUCCGAGUGCAAUGGUUAAGUCUCCGUUUGCUCGCCGAAACGUUGAUCCUUUCGUUAUCGCCAUGCAAAAGGUGAUGAAGGAAGAAAAUAGAGGGAGAAAUUUCAAUUCAAAUCACCAUAAACGCACAAGGUCACUCUCACCAUUUAGAGCCAACAACAUGGAAUGGACUAUUGAGGAAAUGAGACAAGAAAUUGUGUCCAUGACACCAAUUCAACCUUCAAGCCCAAAUCCAACAAAGCCCAUUGAGUCUAAGGCCAAGGGAGCAUCAUAUGGAAGAUGGGUUUUAGACCAUUCUAUGACUAUUGGGCCAGGCCCAAAAGUAUCCAAGAAGCCCAAAAACUUGCUUUUUGGAAAGAAAGAGCCCAAGCCCAACAAGCCCACUUCAAAAGGGGAUAUGUUUGUGGAAACCAAAAUGCAAAAAUUCAAAGGAAUGUUAGUGAAAUAUGCAUCAUUUAGAAAGGAGAAUAGUGAAGGAAAGAUGAAUAAUCCAAUUUUAGCUAUAUGGAAGCCAAAUUAUUUCAAGAAAUUGAGUUUCAAGUUCAAGGGAAAUGGUAAUGGCAAUGUGAAUAUAAAGGCAAAUGGAGUGGAGCCAAAGUUGGUGAUUGUGAAGUACAAACCAGCACUUUGUUUGGGUUAUGGACUUGAAAAAGCUUAAAGAAAGAUAUGUCUAUCAAUAAUAUUUUUGGUUCUUUAUUUUUCUAUUAUGUAAACUUGAAAUUUCCUUUAUUUAGUGAAAGGAAAGAUGUCAUAGGAUUUUCAUUUGAUAGGACAGGUGAUUUAUGUUCCAAAUAGAGUUGAAAAUAUUUGUGACAUUAUCUCUUGAAAAAAGAAGUUUUAUGUA